CUCCGAGGAAGAAGUCGACACACAGCUGGCCCUUAACAAAGAGCGGGCGUCUCGGGCACGUUCCCGCCCCCAGCAGGUUUUGGAAAGUCCGUGCUGCCGAGGGGCGGGGCUUGGAUGCAUCGCAGCCAAUCACCAAGGGCCCAAGCCGCCGGGGCGGGGCCUCCGCGAGCUGCGGCUGCGGCGGCCGAGGCAGGCAGGCUGGGUCCGAGCAUCCCGCGGCUCCACAUCCCCCGGCCCGGACAUGGCGACGGUCCGGGCCUCCCCGCGAGGCACGCUGCUGCUUCUGCUAGCCGUGGCGGGGGUCGCGGAGGUGAUAGGGAGCCUGGCCCCGGGCAGUGCGGGUGCAUUGUGUUGUAAUCAUUCUAAGGAUAACCAAAUGUGCCGUGAUGUAUGUGAGCAGAUAUUCUCUUCAAAAAGUGAAUCCCGACUAAAACACCUGUUGCAGCGAGCCCCAGAUUAUUGCCCUGAAACAAUGGUUGAAAUUUGGAGCUGUAUGAAUUCAUCUUUGCCAGGUGUAUUUAAGAAGUCUGAUGGCUGGGUUGGCUUAGGCUGCUGUGAACUGGCUAUUACCUUGGAGUGUCGACAGGCAUGCAAGCAGGCAUCUUCAAAAAAUGAUAUUUCCAGAGUUUGCAGAAAAGAAUAUGAGAAUGCCCUUUUCAGUUGCAUUAGCAGAAAUGAAAUGGGUUCAGUGUGUUGCAGUUAUGCAGGCCAUCACACAAACUGCCGAGAAUACUGUCAAGCCAUUUUUCGAACAGACUCUUCUCCUGGUCCUUCUCAGAUCAAAGCAGUGGAAAAUUACUGUGCCUCUAUUAGUCCACAAUUAAUACACUGUGUGAACAAUUAUACCCAAUCUUAUCCAAUGAGGAACCCAACAGAUAGUUUAUAUUGCUGUGACAGAGCCGAAGAUCAUGCUUGCCAAAAUGCCUGCAAGAGAAUUUUGAUGUCUAAGAAAACAGAAAUGGAGAUUGUUGAUGGCCUCAUCGAGGGUUGUAAGACCCAGCCCUUGCCUCAGGAUCCGUUGUGGCAGUGUUUCCUUGAAAGCUCACAGUCUGUUCACCCUGGAGUCACUCUGCACCCUCCUCCUUCUACAGGCCUUGAUGGCGCUAAAUUGCACUGUUGUUCUAAAGCAAACACUUCAACAUGUAGGGAACUGUGCACUAAACUUUAUAGCAUGAGCUGGGGCAAUACACAGAGUUGGCAAGACUUUGAUCGCUUUUGCGAAUAUAAUCCAGUGGAAGUGUCCAUGUUGACCUGUUUAGCAGAUGUUCGAGAACCUUGCCAGUUGGGUUGUAGGAACCUUACUUACUGCACUAAUUUUAACAACAGGCCAACAGAACUUUUCAGGAGUUGCAAUGCUCAGUCAGAUCAAGGAGCCAUGAAUGACAUGAAGCUGUGGGAGAAGGGAAGCAUAAAGAUGCCAUUUAUCAGCAUACCUGUUCUUGACAUUAAAAAGUGCCAGCCAGAAAUGUGGAAAGCAAUAGCUUGUUCACUGCAGAUCAAACCUUGUCAUAGUAAAUCCCGGGGAAGUAUUAUUUGCAAAUCAGACUGUGUAGAGAUUCUCAAGAAAUGUGGGGACCAGAACAAAUUCCCUGAAGACCACACAGCUGAAAGUAUUUGUGAGCUCCUGUCACCUACAGAUGACCUGGAGAAUUGCAUACCUUUGGAUACCUACCUCAGGCCAAGCACUUUAGGUAACAUUGUGGAAGAGGUGACUCAUCCCUGUAACCCAAAUCCUUGCCCCGCCCAUGAACUCUGUGAGGUCAACCGGAAGGGGUGUCCAGCUGGAGAUCCCUGUCUUCCCUACUCUUGUGUGCAAGGUUGCAAGUUGGGAGAAGCCUCUGAUUUUAUUGUCCGUCAAGGGACACUAAUCCAGGUGCCAUCAUCAGCAGGGGAAGUUGGUUGUUACAAAAUUUGCUCAUGCGGACAAAGUGGACUCCUAGAAAACUGCAUAGAGAUGCACUGUAUAGACCUUCAGAAGUCUUGUAUUGUUGGAGGAAAAAGAAAAAGUCAUGGAACUUCCUUUAAUAUUGACUGUAAUAUCUGCUCUUGUUUUGCUGGCAAUUUGGUGUGUUCUACCCGCCUGUGUCUCAGUGCAGACAGUUCAGAAGAUGACCGUCGUACCUUCACAGGUCUGCCCUGUAACUGUGCAGAUCAGUUUGUCCCUGUGUGUGGGCAGAAUGGACGCACUUACCCCAGCGCCUGCAUUGCUCGCUGUGUGGGCCUCCAAGACCAUCAGUUUGAGUUUGGAUCAUGCAUCUCAAAGGAUCCAUGUAAUCCUAACCCCUGCCCAAAAAGCCAAAGAUGCAUACCCAAACCACAAGUCUGCCUGACAACUUUUGAUAAAUUUGGAUGUAGCCAGUAUGAGUGUUUGCCAAGACAGCUCACCUGUGACCAGGUCCGAGAUCCUGUUUGUGACACAAACCACAUGGAGCACAACAAUCUCUGUACUUUGUACCAGAGAGGGAAAAGCCUCUUAUACAAAGGCCCGUGCCAGCCCUUCUGCAGAGCCUCAGAGCCCGUCUGCGGGCACAACGGGGAGACCUACAGCAGUGUGUGUGCUGCCUACUCGGAUCGGGUGGCCGUCGACUACUAUGGGCCCUGCCAGGCCGUCGGGGUCCUCUCUGAAUACAGUUCUGUUGCUGAGUGUGCUGCUGUGAAGUGUCCUUCGCUCUCAGCGACCGAAUGCAAACCCAUCAUCCCACCCGGUGCUUGUUGCCCAUUAUGUGCUGGGAUGUUAAGAGUUUUAUUUGACAAAGAAAAACUGGAUACUAUUGCCAAGGUAACAAACAAGAAACCAAUAACAGUUCUGGAAAUACUUCAGAGAAUCCGCAUGCAUGUGUCUGUCCCACAGUGUGACGUGUUUGGCUACUUCAGCAUUGAAUCGGAGAUUGUCAUCCUCAUCACUCCUGUGGAUCACUCUCCAAAAGCUUUGCAGAUCGAGGCCUGCAACAAGGAGGCAGAGAAGAUCGAAUCCCUUAUCAACUCUGACAGCCCUACGCUGGCGGCCCACGUCCCUCUCUCUGCCCUCAUCAUUUCCCAGGUGCAGGUCUCCAGCAGUAUUCCCUCGGCCGCCCCCAGGGCCCUGCCGCCCUGCCGCUCCCACCUCUUCCUCCUCAGCUUGGGCCUCACCUUGCACAGGGUCUGGACACACAACUGACUGGCCAGAAAAUGUGCGAAAUGUUCCUCCAUCUAAUUUUUCUACGUGGGAAAAGACAUACAGGACUGCCGGUCUGUAGUUGAAUAGUGGCCAAGUCAAAGCACUUUUCACCUCUAUUCACCACACAGUAUUUUUCUUUAUUGCCAAUGUUAGUAGGGGUCUUGUUUUGUUUCUACAGAUGUCACAAUAUCUUCUUCAGAUGACUGAUGAAAAGAGGAUGUCUCCUUCUGGUGGAUCACUGCCUUACAAUUUACAAUUUACAUUUGCUCAUUGAUGGAUCCCCCACUCUGAAACAAAUUCUAUGCCACUGAUAAAUGAGAUGAUCACUUUUUAAAAAGAUAACUCACUUUAUGGGCUUUGUAUCCCAGAAACUUCACUUCAGGGUUGUUCUCAGUAUUAAGGUGCCGUGUGUGUGUGUGUGUGUGUGUGUGUGUGUGUGUGUGUGUGUGUGUGUGUGUUACAGAUAAUUCCCUACCCUGUCUAGAAGUGAGGGGUCAUAGUGAAGAGCCACUGCUAUUAGACUAGACAAUGAAAUAAAGAUAAGGCAUCUUUGGAAUUACCACGUAGAUCAUCAAGCAAAUUUAAUUUACAGAAAUAUAAUUCAGGAUCCAUCUAUCGUGUUAAGUAAAAGCAAGCUAAGUAUAUGGCACUUACAUGAUCUAUUGUAAGUGACAGUCUCAGUGGUUCCUCGUGUGUGUCUGUGACUUUCGUGAAAGGGAGAAAUUAUGUUGCAUCAAAGUGUCUUGCAUUAUGCAUUUUUAUAUUAAGCAAAUGUUUAUUCUUUGGUAUCAUCCAAGUUAAAUUUAGAGUUUUUAAACAUCAACCUUUAAACCAAUUGCUGCUACUUAUAUAAUUGCCAAAAAGUGAAAUAAUUAGUAGUUCAUGUAAAUAAUACACGAUUUUUCUAUUUUAUUAUGAAGGUGAAUAGCCAUAUUUGUAAAGUGACAAUCAUCUGUGUUAACCCAGUACUUUCCGUUCAUGAAGACACAUCUGCUUUUUGUGAUAUGCACAGUGUAGAUAAGUGUUCUGACCUUCUUUUUUGAUAUAGAAUUAUAAAGAAGUGUGGUUUAUAUAUUUAAAAAUGUCAAUCUAAGUAUUAAAAUGUUUGCAUGUUGUCUAAGUAAUUAAAUACUUUGAAUGUGUUUCACAGUUUGAAAUAAGCUAUUCAGUGUAAUACUUCUUGUUUAUAUGCACCUAAACUUAGAUUUUACAUGAAGUGUUUUUUUCAGUGUUAUAUGUACCCUCUGAAAUAUAUAGGCAUAUGCUUAUUAUACCAAAAUGUUGUUUUAAAGUGGGCACUUAAAGCUCUCAGAAUAUCUCAGUGCUGAUGUAGCAUGUUUGUUGCAAUUGCUUUUUCUAUAAAAAUGUCUUCAAUGCAAUAUACUGGAAAGCCUUUCUAUUUUAAUAAAAUAAUUUUUAUAUGA